UAUGGUUAGUGUAGUCCUUUAUCAAAAAAACCCAACACAAGUUAUACAGUAGUAGGUAGUGUUUAGUAAUGUUACUAUUAUCUAUACUGUACAAACAGGCUACAUGAUAUCGCUAUUUAUUGAGCUUUCUGGUUACACAACAGGCUGUUGGAGGAUCGCUAAUGAGCUAACUUAGCUAGCUGGUUAGCUUAGCCUAUAAAGUACCGCUUGUUGUUGCUUAGCGACCUGUGUCCAGCUCUGGUCCAGCUGCAGCAAAGAGCCAGCUAGCAUCGAGAGUUACAGUUUGUUAGUUAACGUAACGUUAGCUACUCGUUAGGAAGGCAGACAGACGACCAAAGGGUAUUUAGAAGGACCUCACAGCGAUAAAUGGCGUUAUCAUAGGUUAUCGAUAUGAAAUUAAACAGGUAACGUUAACGUUAGCAGGUUGUUAAGUUUGGUUAAUGCUAACGUUAUCGAACAGCGAGUGGCGUUCACGUGUCAUCCCAAUUAAACUAUAAGUGUUUGCGGUGAAAGUCGUGUUUUGAGUUUUGUAGUGACCCUUAAUGGUAAGCUAAACAGCGUAGGAGAGAGCACGAAAAGGUCUGCGGUUUUCGUCACUGGAACAACAUAGUUGAGAGGACCCCUAUAGAGGCCAAGUGUUAGUGAAGCAGAUCUGGACCAAGGCCCUAAUGAACCCUGCAAAUUUUUAGUGCAAACUGCAGUAACAUCAACUACACUACAACUCAGGUUACACUCCUCCGUCAGAUGGCGUUCUGCCUGGCUGAGCUGCACUUGUGGUCCACCAAGAGCUCACUCCAAGUCAAAGAUACAGAUAUUGGCACCUAUCAGUACUACGAUAAAGGAGAGCCAGAGCUAAUGAGAGUGGUGACGGUGAACGUCCCGUAAAACCAAACAGUGAGCUCAAAGAUGCUAAAAUGCUCUGUACAGCUGAGGGGGGAAGCAGAGCCAAUCUCCUGGAGCAUCACUACUACAUCGAGAAACUCCAUUUCUGUGAGGCUCGAGGCCAUUCGUGGACCCCCAGGAACCGCCGACCAGAGAAGCUACGCGAUUCGCUGAAGGAGUUGGAGGAACUGUUGCAGACAAACACCUGCGUUCACACCAGAUGGAGGAACAAGCAUUGCUGCCAGGUGAUGCUGAGCAGCGGGGUACUGGUGACCCUGACCCUAAAUGGACCUCAGCUCGAACAAGUGUAUCUAGACCGCACAUUAGUGGGCCGACUACCAGCCAACACUGUGACUGAUGCGGUGCUGAGCGAUAGGCUGAUUCUGCUGUCAUUCCUGGAGCAGAGCCAAGUGGCUGCAGUCUACCUCAACCAAAAGAACCAGGACUCCCCAGAGACUGGCAAGCGAAGAGACAAACUCUCACCCUCUGAAAUCAAGGUGGUGUGUGUGGACGUGAGUGGGCGGGGUCGUAGGCUCCACAGACGUGUGGGUCUCAACCGUCUCCAAGAUGUGGUGCUGUGCUGGUGGAACCUGGACUUGCCCGGUGAUGAGCUCUGGCCCUGGACUCCCACAAAGACGGACAGGAACAACCUGGUCUUGCUCAGCUGCUCACCUAGUGAAGGCCUCAAGGUCCUCAGCGCUGUCCGGACAGAAGGUAACCCCUUGGACUGCCGCUUCAGCCUGCUCCAGCCCUACCAGCUGCUAACCGUAGAACUACCUGCAGGACCCCAAGGAUUCAGAGAGGGCUCCUGGGCUGACACCUGUGUGUACGAAUGUGCACGACAGCGCCUGCACCGACUGUCUGUCACCCGCAUCCCGCUACCAUCCCAUCCCGUCUCCUGCUCACGUCAUCCCUCUGAGACCAAACUUGUCUUGGGCUUAAGUGACUCCUCCCUGGUCCUGUAUGACCAGCGACGGGGGGUCUCUCUCCUGGCCUCCUGCCCUGUGACAUCCACCCUCCUCACUUGGCACCCUGCUGGGGCCGUGGUCAUGGCAGGGGGAGGGCAGGGGGAGCUGAUGUGCUUUGAUGUGGGGUUGGCACCUAUAAAAAUGGCACUGGUAGCAGAAGAAGUAGCUUCAGCUGCCACGCUAAGAUUAUCUCAGCACCUGCGCUGCAGUGGAGGACUGGAGGGACUGCAGUGGGGGACAGGCCUGGAAGGAGGUCCAGAGGGGACAGAUAUCCUGAUGCUGGUCUUUCACGGGGGACCACUAGCAGCCUUGAGAUUCAAACUAGGGGCUCUGACUGGGGGCCAGAUGGGCUCCGGGGAGCUGCUGCAGCAGCGUCUGCGUUGUGGCCAGGUCCGAGACGCACUGGGGAUCCUGGAAGCCAUGGACUGGAGCAUCAUGGGAGACGAGUGCUACCGAGGCCUCAGCUCAGUCACCAACCACCUGCUGAGACUGGAGCUGAAUGCAGAGAGAGAGGCCCAGCUAGAAGCAGCUCUGGGUGUGUUUUAUGCCCCACCCACCCCUCUCUCUGAUAUGGUAAUACUUGAGUACAGGGAGCCAAUCAGCAAGUAUGCCCGUCGCUUUUUUCACCACCUCCUCAGACACGAGCGCUUUGAGAAGGCCUUCCUCCUCGCUGUAGAUUUAGAAGCAAGAGAUUUAUUCAUGGACCUCCAUUAUGUUGCCAGCGAUAAGGGCGAGGUGGUGCUAGCGGAUGUGGCCAAGAGGAAAGCUAAUGAAAUCGAGGCCCAGGCCAUCGCAGGCAACGAAGAUCCUUCAAGUGGCAGAAAUGGUGUGUUUCGUAGUUCCAGCCUCGUGGGCAGACAGAACCAGAGUGCAACAGGACCUUCAUAUCCAGGCACUCCCACAACACCUGCUGAUGGAAGAGCCGAUCAGAGGAGACCACAGGCGGAGAGCAUACGAGUAACCGUGAGCCCAGAAGUGUUCAGGACACUGAGACAAACAGGAAGCAGUGAAGGUGACAGAGACAACAGGGAUGACGAUGAAGACCUCGGGAUGCUUCACGUGGUCCAUUUAGGAAUGGUUUGAAAGAGCACUUUAUUAAUCCCAGUGGUAAUUUGGAGAGACACAUCAUCUCACCAUAACAGGCUCUUUUGUCUCUUGUCUAUACUUUAUAUGCAAAGCAGCCACUUACCUGUAAUAUUACCUCAAUGCUUAUCAUUGUACAGAACAGUAGAAUAUAUAGAUGUCUGAUAAAAGUGUAAUACAUGUGUAUUUUAAGUAAACUCUUUAAACUGAAAAACAGUGUUUACUAAACAAACAGCCUUUGCUUUGUAACCCUGUCGUAAUAUAUCUGUGAAAUUUCAACCAAAUCAAAAAUGCUGACGUAAAGUCAGGUUAUUUUCUGUCUAAAGGAAAUAAACCUUAAAAGAAAACAGUCACACCAAGUUCUGCCUUUAAAUACACGACAGAAAAUGUUUUAAACCUUUCCAUUAAUCAGCCUGAAAAAAUAAAGACUUCUAUUAUACUCCCAUCA